GCGCCGCGACCCCAGCUCCCCGGCCCCGCCGGCCGUGACAAUGGACUAUGACUUUAAAGUGAAGCUGAGCAGCGAGCGGGAGCGGGUCGAGGACCUGUUUGAAUACGAGGGCUGCAAAGUUGGCCGAGGCACUUACGGUCACGUCUACAAAGCCAAGCGGAAGGAUGGGAAAGAUGAUAAAGACUAUGCUUUAAAACAGAUAGAAGGAACCGGGAUCUCUAUGUCGGCAUGUAGAGAAAUAGCACUACUUCGAGAACUUAAGCACCCAAAUGUCAUCUCUCUUCAAAAGGUGUUUCUGUCUCACGCAGACAGGAAAGUGUGGCUUCUGUUUGACUAUGCCGAACAUGACCUCUGGCAUAUAAUCAAGUUUCACAGAGCUUCUAAAGCAAACAAGAAGCCAGUUCAGUUACCUCGGGGGAUGGUGAAGUCACUAUUGUAUCAGAUUCUAGAUGGGAUCCACUACCUGCAUGCUAACUGGGUGUUGCACAGGGAUUUGAAACCUGCUAAUAUUUUAGUUAUGGGUGAAGGUCCUGAGCGAGGAAGAGUAAAAAUUGCUGAUAUGGGCUUUGCCCGAUUAUUUAAUUCACCUUUGAAGCCUUUAGCAGAUUUGGAUCCAGUAGUAGUUACAUUCUGGUACCGAGCCCCAGAAUUACUUCUUGGAGCAAGACAUUAUACCAAAGCUAUUGAUAUUUGGGCUAUAGGGUGUAUAUUUGCAGAACUACUAACGUCAGAACCAAUAUUUCACUGUCGACAAGAGGACAUCAAAACUAGUAAUCCUUAUCACCAUGACCAGCUGGACAGAAUAUUCAAUGUAAUGGGAUUUCCUGCAGAUAAAGAUUGGGAAGACAUAAAAAAGAUGCCUGAACAUUCAACAUUAAUGAAAGAUUUCAGAAGAAAUACGUAUACCAACUGCAGCCUUAUCAAGUAUAUGGAAAAACAUAAAGUUAAACCAGAUAGUAAAGCAUUCCACUUGCUUCAGAAGUUGCUUACCAUGGACCCAAUAAAGCGAAUUACCUCAGAGCAGGCUAUGCAGGACCCCUAUUUCCUAGAAGACCCGCUUCCUACAUCAGAUGUUUUUGCCGGUUGUCAGAUCCCUUACCCAAAACGAGAAUUUUUAACAGAAGAAGAACCUGAUGACAAAGGAGACAAAAACCAGCAGCAGCAGCCGGGCAAUAACCACACGAAUGGGACCGGCCACCCAGGGAACCAAGACAGCAGUCACACCCAGGGACCCCCGUUGAAGAAAGUGAGAGUCGUCCCUCCUACCACUACCUCAGGUGGACUGAUCAUGACCUCAGACUAUCAGCGUUCCAAUCCGCAUGCUGCCUACCCCAACCCCGGACCAAGCACAUCACAGCCGCAGAGCAGCAUGGGGUACUCAACUACCUCCCAGCAGCCUCCACAGUACUCCCACCAGACACAUCGGUACUGAGCUGCGUCGGACACUGCCCAUGCACUGCCGCUGUGCCGCAGGCCGCCUGCAGCUCUCAGCGGGAGCCUGGGAUGGGCGAUGAGAAUGUACUGUGCAGCCACGUAGUCAGAUGUCCGGUAGCCGAGUUCCACCGCUUUUCACAGAUUGGGGUAGUGGCUUCCACGUUGUUGCUGUCUGGAGUUAGGCUUGAGAAGAAAGUGCUAGCACAGUUUGUGUUGUGGGUUUGCUACUUCCAUAGUUUACUUGACAUGGUUCAGACUGACCAAUGCAUUUUUUUCAGUGACAGUCUGUAGCAGUUGAAGCUGUGAAAUGUGCUAGGGGCAAGCAUUUGUCGUCGUAUGUGGUGAAUUCUUCCAGUGUAACAACAUUAUCUGACCAAUAGUACACACACACACAGAAGUUUAACUGGUACUUGAAACACGCAGUAUACAUUAACUCAACGAAGUAACCAAGACUCAACGUGAGAUUAUUUCGGUACACCUUUCAUUUCAAUGUCUUAUCAGUGGGUUGAUUAUUUUCUACAUUAAUCAGUGUUCUUUGACCAAGAAUAUUGCUUGGAUUGUUUUGGAAAGUACAAGAAGCCACAUAGUUUUUCCAGGAAGGUUUCAAAACUCCCAAAGAUUAAUUUCCAACUUCUGAGUUUGUUUUUAUUUUCAAUCUAUGACUUGACUGGUAUUAAAGCUGCUAUUGAUAGUAAUUAAAUAUGUUGUCAUUGAUAUAAACCUGUUUGGUUCAGCAAACAAACUAAAAUGAUUGUCAUAGACAGUGUUUUAUUUUUCCUGUUGGUGUUGCUGAUUUGUGAGCAUGCUUUAAGAUGAAAAAAGCAUGAAUGAUAACUUCCUUAAAAAGGUGCGGCAUCCGAUUCAGAUAUUUUGUCCUGAUUUUAAAGCUGGUUGGUGUAGUGCUACUAAAAUUUUGUUCAGUUCAUUUUCUUUUUUUAAAACUCGUUCGCACGUUGUUUAGGGUGCCCUUACUUCAGCAAAGGAGAAGGAGUAGGAGAGCCUUAGAAUUUUUGAGGAAAAAAGAAAACCUAUAACAUACAAUGUACUGUAUCAAACUAUUUUACAUGAAUGACACAAGUAUUCUGAAUUUAAAAAAUUGAACAUUGUUAAAAACAAGGUGUUAUGUAAUAAAUUUAUUUUUCA